GGACGGACAUUUGAUGGUAGAUGCGCCUCUGCGAGUCUUAAUACGGCUGGAAGUAUCUGUCCAACUCCUGAGGAAUCUGGUGAAGAAUGGAGUGGUAUGUCCUGGUGCUCAUGCUGAGCUUGCCGCCCUCCAUCCGUGCAGAUUGCUCUUCACAGUGUCAGAAAUGCAUGCAGCAGAUCCUCAGCCGUGACGCCGCCUUCAGCAGCCUGCCGUGCAGCGCGGAGUGUGAGGGGCAGCUGGACAGCUGCGAGCAGGCUCCGGCGCUGGCGGACUUCAGCCAGGAUGAAGUUGCGGGUGAGCAGGAGAGCCAGCAGGCGGACCUGGUCAAACGCUACGGAGGCUUCAUCAAGAGAAUCGACAAGAACAAAAACAAAAUCUUCACCUCUCCCUGGCGCGAUAAUUACAUCCUGAAGGCCGGGGCGCUGCCCAAGAAAUACGAGGACUUGUUGAAGAGGCUGGUGGAGAGAGAUGCAGACGCGCCGCAGGACGCAGACGGCUCUCCGGAGGACCAGAUGCUCCAUAGUUAUGUUAAACGUUACGGCGGCUUUUUACGAAAAUUCGGCCCCAAGUCAAAGAGGAGUAGUUCGGCGGAGGAGAGCCAAGAGCCAGAGGAGCUGCAGAAGCGCUAUGGGGGCUUCAUGAGGAGGAUCCGACCAAAGUUGAACAACCUGAAGUGGGACAAGCGUUACGGAGGCUUUCUGCGCCGGCACUUCAAAAUCUCUGUGCGCUCAGUGGAGGAGCCCUAUUACUCCUACGAUGACUUGAGCUUAUAGAUGAAACCUGCGGAGAGAAAAACUACAGAGAACUGGUGCAGGUUCACUUGAG